UAAUAAUAUAAGUGGGUUCUCUCCCCAGAUGACGAGUAUUGGAGUGUUGGUGAUGGUGUUGGUGGUGAUGGUGGCUCGUGAGGGAGAUUCUGUGGUCAAACAAUCACAGUUUUUGAAGAUAACUCAGACCCAGGGCGAAGGUACUGUCCUCUUUGAGAAAAAAGUAGCUACAGUACUGGAGUGUGCAGCAGUGUGUGCCCAGUUGUCUGGUGUAGGCUACAACUUGGCACUCUCUCCUGGGGCACCCCAGGAUUGUCUCGUCCUUGGCACUCACACCAACACCACCGUCAACGGCAAUUACACCUUCUACUGUGGAGGUAAAUGUAUUAGUGUUUCUUUUGUCACAUUUCUCUUAGUACUGCUUUACUGUCACUAG